GCUCUCUUUGAUUAGGUGAGUCAGAUCUCUCUCCUGUCUCUCUCUUUCUUUCUCUCUUUCUCUCUCUUACCCAAGCUUCUGUGGCGGACAAACGGUGAAAUUUUUCUCUCUAAUCCAAACCUGGAGAAGAAUUUUGAAGCUGCAGCGAUUUUUGAUGGAAGAAGAUUGUGAGUAUCGACAUUGGGAUGAGCUAAUCCCAGAUGCUCUUGGCUUAAUCUUUAGUCACUUACCUCUUCAAGAGGUCUUAACAGUGGUUCCUAGGGUUUGCAAAGCAUGGAACAGAGCUGUAACUGGACCUUAUUGCUGGCAAGAGAUAGACAUUGAGCUGUGGAGUAACCGUUGUCACCAGGCCGAUCAUCUUGAUCGAAUGCUUCAGAUGUUGAUACUUAGAAGCUCUGGUUCUUUGCGGAAACUCUCCGUCACUGGCCUUCAAAAUGACUCUAUCUUCUCCUUCAUUGCACAACAUGCUGGUUCACUCAAAACCUUGAAGGUGCCAAGAAGUGGUCUGAGCAAUUCAGGAGUUGUAAACGUAGCUGAAAAGCUUUCAUCUCUCACUUUUUUAGACUUGAGCUACUGCUGCAAAGUAGGCCCGGAGGCGAUACAAGCCAUAGGCAAACACUGUAAAUCACUGAUAGAAUUCUGCAGAAACAUGCAUCCGUUGGAUGUAGCAAGUGUCGUCUCUCACGAUGAUGAAGCUUAUGCGAUCGCCAACACAAUGCCGAAGCUGAAGCGGUUAGAAAUCGCUUACCACAGAGUCAGCACAGAAGGAGUACUCAAAAUUUUAUCUUGCUGCAAUUUCCUUGAGUUCUUGGAACUUAGAGGCUGUUGGGACGUGCAACUUGAUAACAAGUUCUUCAAAGAGAAGUUUCCAGAUAUGAAAGUGUUGGGACCAAGAGUGAUCGGAUUCUACGACAUGAUAAACGAUUGGGAGGAUUGCUGCUCGGAUUAUUUCUCAGAUGGGUCUGAUUACUUGGCUUGGGAGUUUCUUGAGGAUGGUGAAAUGGGAGAGUUCUAUGAAGAUGAGUUUGAGCAUGGUUGGGACGAUAAUUUUAAUGCGGAUAGGGUGAAUAUAGACUUGGAACCGCAUAUUUGGCCGCCAUCUCCAUGAACCAGGUCUUGUUAUGUUCAAACUCUCUACAUGAAAGUUGCUUCGAGGAAUGGUUUUAGCCUCUUAUGUGUCAGUGUCUUUAAUCUAUGUAUGGUGCUUGAACGUGUGACUUCUUUGUGUUAUUCUAAUCUAAAUCGGGUCGGUUCAUGGCUUUAAUGUUUCUGUUUACUUAGUCAUGUUGAGGUUCAUAUAUCUACAGAUAUAUAUGUAUGUGUGUAUGUAUAGAAUUGGAGAUGUCAAGUUGAUGUAUAAGAAACAAAAGAAGUGAAGAUGUAAAAGUACAAGCUAUUGAGGAAGAAUUCAAAUGAGAUGGGGUCCCUUCA